UUUUAGGCCGAGGCUUACUAUCUUCACCUUGAUCUGUGUGUUUAUGGUUUUUUGGACUGUUUUGUAUUUUAUUUUAUUAUAUUCUUUGAUUUCAUUUUCACAAUUUUAAAAGACGUGAAAAAUGAGUGAACAUUGUUGUGAAGUGUGUAACGUUUCUUUUUCUUCAAAAACAAAUUUAUCGAGACAUUUGAAGACUAAACACGCAAAAAAUAAAGUCAAAUAUGACUGUGGAAUUUGUGAAUAUUCAUCACCGCGAAAGGAUAAUCUCUUUUUACAUCAAACUAACAAGCAUCGUCCUAAUUUUGAGGAAGUGGAUUCAUCUGAAAUUAAACCGAAAUCAGUCGUCGCGUGUGCAAUGUGUGACCAUAAGACUGAGACGAAAACUGUUAUGCUUGAACAUUAUAAGUUGAGGCAUGGUAUUACUUUGGCUGAAAAAGAGAGCUUAAUGUUUGCAAGCGAAGACAAGUUUUUGGAGUGGAAGUUAGAAGUCGAGAAUAGUGAUAAAAAUAAUUUUGUACGUCAAAGAGCAAAAAAAUCGGCUGCUGGUGGCAAGUCAAUAUCUACAUUUCACUGUUUUCGCGAUGGGUAUUUCAAAAAGAGAGGUUCUAACAUUCGCCGUGAAAAAAUGUCAGGUAGCAACAAAAUAAACGGAUAUUGUCCAGCAAAAAUGGUGGCGUUUACUCUUCCCACUGGUGAGGUAAAAGUAGAUUUUUAUAAAACGCAUGUGGGCCACCAAAAUGACAUCAAACGUAUGAGGUUAUCCAAAGGAGAAAGAGAUGAAGUUGCAAAAAAUAUUGCAGCAAAAAUUCCGCUUGAAAUCAUUUUGGAUAAUCUCAAAACAACUCUUUCAAAUGAUGAAGUGAAAGUGAAACGACGAGAUCUAAUUACGCUACAAGAUAUGCGUAAUAUAGCUAGAGAUUAUAAAUUGAAAGCAGAAAGAAAGGUAAAACCGAAGAAAACAGCAAGAAGGAAACAUCAUAAAAUUUCAUUACAAUUAGAUGUUUGUGAUGAUGACAGAGAUCACAACGAUUCAUUUACUCACGAAGAACCAGUUGAAUGGGUUCCACAAGAUAUAAUUUUGAGUGAUAUGCAAAAUCAGGAAAUGAUUCCAGAUAUUGGCUUGAAAAGAAAAAAAGACCUAGCGAUGAAUCAAUUUCUUAGUGUCUUACAUGAAGCUAAUUCUGAAGUUGAUGUAGAUUUUAUUAUUAAAAUGAUACAACAAACUCAAGCCACAAUGCGUGCUCAAAAUUCUGUGCAACAUAUUACAAUGUUCUAGAGCCUACAACAAAAGAAUAAAAUUUGAAUGCUAGAGGUGACUUGUCUUAAAAAAUCCCUUCUAAAAAACUGCUGGUGGUAAUUCAAUAUCUACAUUUAACUGUUUUUGCGAUGGGUUUUUAAAAAGUAGAGAUACUAACCUUCACUGUGAAAAAAUGUUUAGCAACAAAAUAAACAGACACUGUCCAACAGAAAUAGUGGUAAUCACUCUUUCUACUGGUGAGGUAAAAGUAGAUUUUUAUUAAAACGCAUGUGGUCCAGCAAAAUGACGUCAAACAUAUGAGGUUAUCCAAAGGAGAGAGAGGUGAAGUUGCAAAAAAUAUUGCAUCAAAAAUUCCGCUUGAAAACAUUUUGGAUAAUCUCAGGACAACUCGUGUUUUUGUUUGUCUUUGUAAUAUUUUUUUUGUAAUUAUCUUUCUUUGAAUUGGGCUUGCCGGUAAAUAAAUAAAUAAACUCUUUCAAAUGAUUAAGUGUAACGCUGAGAUCUAAUUACGCAAAAAGAUCUGCAUAAUAUAGCUAGAGAUUAUAAUUUGAAAGCUAAAAGAAAGGUAAAACCAAAGAUCUCAGCAAGAAGAAAACAUCAUAAAGUUUCAUUACAAUUAGAUGUUUGUGAUGAUGAAAGAGAACACAACAAUUUAUUUAUUCAUAAAGAACCAGUUGAAUGGGUUCCACAAGAUAUAAUUUUGAGAGAUAUGCAAAAUCAGGAAAUAAUUCCAUGUAUUGACUUAAAAAGAAAAAAAGACCUAGCGAUAAAUGAAUUUCUUGUCUUGUCUGAAUGACGUGUCUUUACAAAAAAGCCAAAACAAAAAUACUUCUAUAAUAGUACCAGCUACUCAAUAAAAAGAAAUUGCACUGCAUAAGUAUGUUUCACAGAGUGGAAUAGGCCUAUUGGGGAUACCACUAUAAAAAACGCACCAUGUUAUCUACUUCUUUCAAGUGGUGUGGAAAUGAUAACAAUAAUAAUAAUUAUAUACAUUAAUACGCCAGUCAAUGAGAGCAAAAACAGGAUAUUACCUCCGAAUUCUAUCCUACUGCAUGGAUUUUAAUGAACCUUUGGGAAUAGCCUCUAUCUCCUAAUUCAACUACUAUAUUCCAGUGUGCGCUUUUAUCUUGGGGGUAGUUCCCACCCCUUCUCGGGGAUGGAAAAUUUGUUGGUCAAAAUAACCACGGAAGUGAGUAGGGAACCUAAUUCUAAGCAAAAAGUGUUCUAUAUUAUUUUUUUUUAAAACUCAAUACUGAAAUUGGUUCCAUGGUAAAGGUUUUCAGAUCGGAUCUGGACUUCUCAUUUCAUUAAUAGAUGUCGCUACAGUGUCCAAAGAGCGAACUAUUUUUAUAAUUCUGCUUAAGGUCAUCAGUACAUAAUUCACAAAUAUUUUACGGCCAUCUCUACUUUCUCUGUCAUUACACAGCAAAUUACGUGUAUGUAGUAAAAUUCUCACUCUUACUGAUAUGUAAACUUUACUUGACAAUGUCAUCAUUAACUUUAAAGAUGGCUUUUGAAUGUUCUUGGAUAACUGUCACUUGUAUAAUUAAUUGCCAUAAUUAUUAAUUCAGUUAAUAUGAUUAUUUCAUUCAUAGGAGAUUCUGACCAAUAGAAAGCUACAUAAAUCUAAAUUAAAUCGAUAAAGUGAUGACUUUCAACCGUCAAAUUAAUAUUUAUAACAACUGUGUGUUUAAUUGUACUAAUUUGUACUUACAUAAAUAAAUUACUAAAAUUUUGGUUCUGAACAGUUUUAUUCAUGAAAUAAUCGCAACAAAUUGCACUCGAUCUCUAAAAUUAAUAUAGAAUUUUAGAGCUCUUGUGCAAUUACUACUGAUAAUUUUUUCACUAUGUAUUCAGUGAUUGUAUUAAUUUAUCUACUGAACAAUAAAAACUAAUAAUCAAUAGAGAAAAAAGGAAAAGUGAUGAAGUGAUUUUUUAAUAAUAUAUUGUUACUAUGAAAGAAACACUUACAAUUUUGAACAUCUUUAACAACAAAAUACUUGGAUCACUGAAUAUAUCCUGGUGUAUUCUCUGCUUGGAUCUUCCAUAAAUAAUAAACAAUAAAACUUUUUAUUAAGUUCACGUUUUUAUUUCAAUUAUAUUUAUCAAAUACACUAUCAAUAUUAUUUAAUCAACAACUCAAAAUAUUUCCGAUGCUUUGUUAAAUAUUUAAAAUUGUCACUGUCUGACAAUAUGCUGACAAUAUUCUAUUCGACUGAGUGCUUUGUAUGACAAAAAUAGAUUUGGAAAAUAUUACCAUGGACAUAGUGUUCAUUUUUUUCGAACCCUGAAAAAACCAAUAAAUAUUUUUGAAAAAUUUAAACGCAGAAUGAAAGUCUAAAUUAUUACCGAGGACCGAAAGUCCCUUAGAAUAAAUAAAAACUUUAUUUUGGCAAAGUUUUAUUUUAAAUGAGAUAUUUGAAAUUAAAAAUCACACUAAAUUUUCUCUUAGUUUUUCACUUAAGUAACUUAUUAAAAUAAACAUUAUAGAAGUUCUCAGGGACUUUUGGCCCUAGCUAAUAACGUAAUCUUUCAUUCUGCGUUUAAAUUUUUCAGAAAUAUUUAUUAUCUAGUUUUCUCAGGAUUCGAAAAAAAUGAAUCCCAUUUGAAUAGCAUUGGAGCAGAAACUACGUACCCAUUUUCUUAAACAGAUAGUUUGAUUUUAUUUCGGUUCAUAGCUGAUCAUAUACAGUGCUUUUUAGAUAAAACUAUCCACCUUAAAUAACUUUUGAACCACUGAUUUUUAGGAAAAGUGCAAAAACACAUCAAAUAAUAUUGGAAGAAGGAGACAUGCCAUGUUUAUUAAGCUUGCUUAAUCAUCACUGCUAUUCUAACUUUUGACACUACCUACAGCCCGAAAGAGUUCAGUUGAGCUGCAUACAAACCAAGAUAUUUUUCGUCUACCUAUGCUGCGCCUUCCUUGAAUCUUUCCCUGCAUUAUUAAUUUUAAGAAUUCAUAACUGUCACCACGUGUUAUGUGAUCCAGAUAUUGUAGUUUUCUUAUUUUGGUGGAAUCCAGUAUCUCCCUAUUGUGCUCUAUUUUUCUUAGUACUUUUCAUUGGUUAUUCUGUCUGCCCAGGAAAUUCUCAGCAUUCUUCGAUAUGUCCACAUUUCAAAUGGUUCCAAUCUAUUAAGACAUUGUUUAAUAAGAGUUCAUCUCUCCACAACAUACACAAGAAUAGAAAAUGCAUAACACUUUAUUACUCGUUUUCUAAGAUUUUGGCUGAGGUCUCUACUACAACCUAUUUGUUUCAUAUUAUUGAAUGCAUUUAACAAUAAAUUAAUACAACUUGAUUCCACAAAAAUACUAAUUUAUGACUUACGCAAAAGUGACUUUUACUAACACUACCACUAUUUGACCAUAAGAAAUGUAUCUUGAUCAUAAUGUGCACUUAUCAUUGAAUAACCAAUCAAAUCAUAUCCGUCGUGCAUUUAGCAGCCGGCAGCCUCUGACUAAACGGAAACAAAUGUUGUUUUGAUUAUUUUUGCACAUUCAACACAAAAUGACCAAAUAUGCAGUUAGCACCGUCUGACCAAAUGGUACAGAAAUGUUUGUAAUAAAAUUGUUAAAAAAAUAUUUUUCAAUCCAGUUUUUUUGCUUUUGCAUUUAUUUUUUGCAUAAAUUAAUUAUUACUAUAAACAUCAUGUGUUAUACAUUUAUGAAAUCAGUACAAAGAGUAGAAUCCAAAUAUUAACUAAAAAAGUGGUAGUAACUUAAAAAAAAUUAAGGGAUGGUACGGGUACAUUGAGGCCUUUCCCAACAAGCUAAAACAUGGCAUAAUCUCCCCCUUCAAAUAUUAUUUGACAUGUUUUUAAGCUUUUCCUAAAAAUCAGUGGUUUAUAUACGCCAGUCAAUGAGAGCAUGAACAGGAUUAUAUUACCUCCGAAUUCUAUCCUACUGCGUGAAUUUUAAUGAAAUUUUGGAAAUAGCCUCUACGUAUCUCCUAAUUCAAAGUCUACCCUAUAUACUAUGGCGCUUUUUACCUUGGGGGCGGUUCCCACCCCACGGGUGUAAAAUUUUUUGGUUAAAAUAACCACGGAAGUAGCUAGAGAACAUAAUUAUAAGCAAAAACUGUUCUAUAUUUUUUUGAAUACUCUAUACUUUUGGAGUUAUGCGCGGUUGAAAAUUUGCCAUUUUCAUUGAAAAAUGUCAACUUUUCGGACGAUUUUUUGCAAAUACAGUAGAACCCCGCUAAUCCGAACGUUCGGCAAAUCAGAACCAACGUAAAGGGAAAAAAAUUAAAAGAUUCAAGACAAAAACUUCAAAACAUGUUUAUUAUACAGAGUAUAACCAGAAAAUUGAACAAUGUAGGAUUGUUCUUUAUCCGUAGUGCUUAUAAAUAUUAUAACCUUACUUCGGUUUUCUCUUAGUCAACUUGAGUCCUAAAAAUAUGGUCCACACUCUUGCGAGAACGUUUUGCGACUCAAAAUCAAAGACAAUGUAAGCUUUGAAUUCUUAGGCUAAUAUUAAUGGUAGGGGAGCAAAGUAUGCUAAAUGUGCAGUCACUCAAGCGUUAUAGGGACCUAUUGGGUUGUGAAGAGUAGGUCCUAAAACCAAAAAAAGUUAAGUAAAGUUUUUCAUUUUAGUGGGUGCUUGCCACUUUUUAAUUUAAUUUUUCAUUUCCAACAAUCGUGUUUUUCCGAUUAUAAUGCCAUCUAUCCAUAAUUCGAAUACAAGUUACUUAUUUUUAUGUGAGGAAUCCAGAUCUGCAAUAAAAAUGGGGGCUCCUAUUUAAGAUUUUAAAGUAACCCCCCACCCCACCUCCGUGGGUGUCGUGUUUGGUGCCGUUUGAGGAGGGUGCCACAAAUUCGCACAGACCCUCAGGAAGUGGAUCAAGUAAUAGCUCCAACAGAAACCUAAAGUUUUAUUAUCAAAAUGCCAGAGGAUUGAGAACGAAGUGCCACGAUUUUUUUGCUGCAGUUGCAGUAGAAAAUUAUGAUUUUAUUGCAAUAACUGAAAGUUGGCUGACAGAAGGGAUAAAGGAUGCUGAACUGGUAGAUCAACGAUAUACUGUAUUUAGGAAAGACAGGAGUAAUGACAAAACCAGGGGUGGUGGUGUCCUGCUGGCAGUAAAGAAGAAAUUUAGGGUCGAACCAGUUCAAAUUAAUGUAAGUUGUCAUAUUGAGUGCUUACUACUAAAAGUCAAAAUUAAAAAUGUAUUUUUCUAUUUAUGUCUUACAUAUUUGCCUCCUAAUACAUGUGAUGGUGAUUAUUUAAAGUUUUUAUCUAUUUUUGAUGAUAUUUUGGGUACUAAUGUAAAUUUUUUGUUGUUAGGUGAUUUUAAUUUGCCUUUUUAUGGUAACAGGGGCUGUGCAAAAUGUGAUUUGUUAACUAAUUUUAUUGAUAUACAUAACCUUACCCAACACAACUCAGUGUAUAAUCAUAUGCAAAGAAAGUUAGAUUUAGUAUUUUCAAACUUGAAUGUCAAUAAUUUAAUAAAAUGCAAUGUACCACUUGUUAAUGAGGACAUAUAUCAUCCUUGUCGUGAAUUUAUGGUCACAUUUAAUUUUUUAGAUUCAACCGAGAAUUGUAUCAAAAAUUCAUUUUUCUAUGACUAUGCAAAGGGUGAUUUUCACCUUUUGUGUGGCCUCAUUCAAGAUAUGGAUUGGACAGAGCUGGAGGCGGGAUGCUUUAAUGUGAAUGUAUGUAACCAGUUGUUUUAUGAAAAGCUGUAUGCAUGUAUUGAUCAGUCAAUACCCAAAAAACAGUCAAGGAAUGUAUUAAGAACAACAAACAGGUCUCCAAUCUUCUUUACUUCGGAACUUAUAUCGAAGAUUAAACGUAAAGAAUCAUCUUCAUAGGCAGGUAAAUAAAUCUGCAAAUGCUUUGGUUUUGGAUGAAUAUAAAUCACUGAGACGAGAAGUGAAACAGCUUAGUAGGGAAGCAUAUAGGGUGUCACAAUAUAAAUAUUGAGAAUAAUGUACAAACUGACCCUAGUAGUUUUUGGUCCUUUAUGAAAUCCCGUGGUGUAAAUAAUAAAAUUCCAACAGAGGUCUCUUAUAGGGGUGUGGACAUAAGUGGCUGUCAUGUUUUUGCAGAAUAUUUUGGCUCUGUAUUUCAAAGAUCAAAUAGUCUCAAUAGUGCACUGAAUCAGGGGGCUUUUCACUUUUCAAAAGUAACAGUUGAGAAUGUUCUCCAAAGCAUCAAAAGACUAAAACCAAAAAAAGCCACAGGUAAGGACAAUAUACCAGCAUAUAUUUUUAAAGGUUGUGCAGAGGCUCUUUCUGUCCCUCUUACACUAAUUUUUAAUUUGUCCCUAAAGCAAAGUAAAUUUCCAGAUAGCUUAAAGCAUGCAGUUAUAACACCUAUAUUUAAAUCAGGUAAUGCUGGUAACAUUGAGAACUAUAGGCCUAUAUCUGUCAUCAAUUCAAUUGCUAAGAUAUUCGAGAACGUGCUUUAUAACAAUAUUUUGAAUUACUUUGGAGAUAGGUUCUGUCCAGAACAACAUGGUUUCUUACCAGGGAAGUCCACUGUGUCAAAUUUGUGUGUUUUUACAAGUUUUGCAGCAGAGGCCAUAAAUAAUAAAACUCAGCUGAUGUAAUUUUUACCGACUGCACCAAAGCUUUUCAUAAGAUUGAUCACUCUAUACUUAUUGAAAAGCUAAGCAAAUUUGAUUUUGAUUCAGAAGCAUGUAUGUUUCUGAGUUCAUACCUUUCUGAUAGGUUAAAUCAAGUCAAAGUAGGGAACAGUUUAUCUAAGCCAUUUAUGUCGACAUCAGGGGUACCACAAGGUAGCAACUUGGGUCCUCUUCUGUUCGCUAUAUUUAUUAAUGAUUUGCCUCACUGUGUGAAGUUUUCGACAAGCCUGCUAUUUGCAGAUGAUUUUAAGAUUUUUCGAGAAAUUUCAACUCUACAGGACUCUGAGAUGCUACAAUGUGAUCUGAACUCAGCAAGUCAAUGGUUUGAUGACAACAAAAUGUUUCUAAACACUUCUAAAUGUCAUGUUUUUACUAUCACUCGAAAAACACAAUACAUGGAGAACCAAUACAAAAUUUCUAACACUGUACUUGGAAGAAAGAACACUUGCAAAGAUCUUGGAGUAAUCUUUCAGCAAAAAUUUGAGGUUUAGUGCACAUUAUCGGAUCAUCAUUGGAAAGGCAUACAGAACUCUUGGCUUCAUAAUUCGUAAUUUAAAAUUUUUUAAAAGAACUGAAACUCUAAUAUCAUUAUACAAUGCACUGGUAAGACCUCACUUGGAGUAUGCCUCUAUUAUAUGGGCACCACAAGCCGAAUUCAAUGUUGAUCUGAUUGAAAAGGUUCAAAAACGAUUAUUGAGGUUUCUUUAUGUCAGAAAGUUUGGUAUCUAUCCCUACAUGAUUUCCUAUAAUGCUAUGCUAACUUGUUUUAAAGUUCAGCAACUGGAUAAUAGAAGACAUUUUCAUUCAGCCCUUUUUAUAUACUAUGUUGUAAAUCACAUUACAGUGGAACCUCGAUUAUCCGUCAGGGCACCGGACCAAGGGUAUGACGGAUAAUCGAAAAGACGGUUAACAGAACAUUAAAAAAAAAAUAAAAAUUCGUAGUACAUAUAACUCUCAAAUUGUAUUUGUAUGUUUUAUUUGACAAUAUAAGAGGGAUUUAUGUUAGUACAGUAGAAUCAAUUUAAUUUAAAAUAUUCCGAAAUCUUUGGUUGUUUUAUUGUUACUUCACAUUUUGCAACAGCUGAAUUUCUUAAUCGAGGUAAAAUCAUUAAAUCUGAUAAUAAUUAUUGGGCUGUGCGUUUUUAUUUUCGGCUUGCGAUUCUAAAAAAUUGAACUCUAAAAGCACGGUAUCAUUUAUCAUUACCUAUUUAAAUUGAAAUUUAAUCCAGAUCCCUGAAUAAGAACAAAAAUUAUUUACAUAAAAAAAUGCGGUGGUGGCAUAACUGCACGUGUACAUUUCAACGAAUUUCGUUUGGCUUAUCGCAAUGCGCAAACAAAAUGAAUUUAUGACUAAAUUUUUACUUAUGUAGUCAAUAUAACUUAUGUAUGGACCCUGACGGUUAACAGAGGUGACGGUUAAUAGAGAGACGAAUAAUCGAGGUUUCACUGUAAAUAUAAAGAUUGCUUUUUUAUAAAUAAUAUUAAAUUCCAUGUUCCAAAAACAUAUUUAAGAAUUAAUAACAAACGACUGUUCUCAACUAAUAAGACUGAUUGUUCACCUAUAAAUAAGAUGUUAGAAGAAUGUAACAAUAUAAUUAACUGUGAUAUAGACUUUUUAAAUUCUUCUGUGAAACAAAUAAAAGUUGCUUCUGAAACAAAUUUCUAGUCUACAAAAGUUGUUGUCGUAAAAUUUUAUUUAGAUUUAUUUAUUUGUAUUUAGAUGUAUUUAUUUGUCUAGAUGUAUUUGUAGUGUUUUUUUUACUUGUUUUUACUUGUUCUAUUCUGUUUAGGUUUAGUACUUAAUAUAGGAAUGAGUUUUUAGCAGUAGUAAGCACUCUUUUAAUGUAAUAACAAUUAUUUUGUGUAUUAAAGGAGGUUAAAUAAAUAAAUAAAUAAAUUUGAUAGAGUUUUCAAAAAUAUUGAAUAAGUGUAUUUUAGUUUUUCGAUCUGAUGUUCAUUUCGCGAAAUAUCGCGGGACUCGUAUUUAACAUAUUAAGUCUACCCCUCUCUGUGGGAAGUCGUGUUUGGUAUCACUCAAUAGAUUUUUAAAAAAAUAUUGAGCACAUAUAUUUUUAGUUUUUCGAUCUGCCAUUCAUUUCGCAAAAUAUUCGCUAUCUUUUGCAUGUACUUAACUUACCUUAUCUUAAUCUGACAAUUUCGACUUUUUUUAAGGAUAGAUUUUUUUUUCUGGCCCCCCUUAACGAACUCCCCUGUGUUGAGAGCCAAUAUAUGGUAGAGGUACAUCUGCAGGGUACCAGGUUUCUCCCAUAUGCUAAUCUGACGCG